AUGUUGUUCAGUUGGUGUUAAGAAAGAAAACAAAUAAUUAUUUAUGUCUUUUAUGUAAAUUUGUUACAAGUAAGAAUUUUUUGUCAAAAUGUUAGUUGAUUUUUAAUCGGACAGUAGCUUUAAAGAAAUGGGUUUGUUGGGUUUAAAAUUAAACAUAAAAUGGGAAAAGUUCCUACUCCUGGACAUAAGAAACGCAACAAACUGAUCCUUUCGUUUGAUGACAGUGCACGGAAAGAAUAUUUAACUGGUUUUCGAAAGAGGCGGCAACAAAGAAAAGAAAAAGCUCAAACUGAAAUCGAGAAAAAACUGAAAAACAAAAUCAGACAAGAAAGAACCAAAAAGCGAAAAGCAAAUCAAGAUAAAAUUAAUGAUAUUUUACAAGGAAUUCACAUGCCAUACGACAAUAUGAACACAACAUCCGAGCAAUGUGAGAAAGUUGAUUUUGGUACACACGAGGUCACGAUAAAAACAGAUAUUGAUUUCGCGGAAACAGGGUUGAUUAUGGCACAAUCUAAGAAUGAUGAAGUUACACCAGCAAGUUCUAAGCUAAAAGAAGUCAAGAAAAAAGAAAAACCAGUGAAAAAAAUGCACAAAGAAAAACCAGUGAGAAAGAUAAACAAAUAUAAAGGUGGAAAAGUUAGAAGGAAGAAAAAAUGAGUUGUAGAUUUAAAUCUUGGGUCAUAGAUUUAAACCCCGACUUGAUAAAUAGGGAUAUCAACAGCUUGAUUGUGAAGCAAGAAUUAAAAACACGUUGGUGUUGAAAAUGUUGCACUGAGAAGUCAUGAACACAAAUUAAAAAUGUUUGAUCAACUUCUGCUGCAACUGUGCAGAAUAUGUAUUUUGAAAGUUUGUAAAGGACAUUAUUGUUUUUAUCUUUUCCAUUUUCUUGGUUGACAUUGAGUAAUUUUCUCAUUUGUUUACGUUUUCGUAUGUAAAUACUAGCUACCUGGUAUCUUGUGUUUUUUUUAUCACUUAAAAAUAAUAAUGAUGUUUCAUGUCUGAUAUUUUUUUUAUGAAAUAUCUGUUCAACUUAUUGACCAGCAAGGACUUAAAGGGGCUACAAACCGGUUAAAAUACUCACAUUCCGUAUAUCCCGCUCACAUAUUAAAUAUACGCAAACGCGUUUUGCGCAAUGAACAGACCAGUGCACUUUGCUCGCUGGUUCAAUAAUUUUUUUUGAAAAGUAUAUCACAAAGAAAUAUUUCAGCGAGUCUCAUUCUGGAUGAGAACAUGACCAACGCUGGAGAAGAUAAAAAUUCUAGAUUCGAGUCUGUAAAAUACAUACAUGCCUGAAAAAUAGCCAGUUUGUUUUUCGCCGCCAUCAGUUCGACUUUCGUGGAAUUCACUAAAAUCGAAAACCAACAGCCGUUCCGUUGCCCCUUUAAGUUUGGUAAAUUUAUUGUAGGAGAAGAAAAAGGGGUCUUCUUUAUAAGAAACAUAGAUUUUUAUGGUAAAAAGUUUAUGGUAAAAUGAAUCAAAAUUUGGUUUUAGUUAUCAACAAUAUACAGUUUAGGUUUAAUGACUUUUGAUAGUUGACUGUGAUAUAAACUUUUAUUUUAAGUCUUCAUUUUAUGUUCGGAUAUAUAUCAACAUUUUUAUUGGUAGAGAUUUAAAUUGUUAACGGAAA